AUGAAUAUGUUGGAUGAUGAAGAUGACCAAAGCUUUCACGCUACGCGUGACGGCUACUCCCAUUUGAGCGAUGUCGAAUGGGAUGCGGUUGAACGAAUGGGUUCGACCAUGGGCAUCCAUGCUGUUAGCGUCAUGCUAGAGGCUCUCAAUAGAGAUGCCCAACAUGCUACUAUCGCCAAGUUCAUUCAAAAUGAACUUGACGCAGAACGCGAGAAAGUAGCCUUGCUUCACCAACAAGGUUCUCAACAAGCAGAGUUGUUGAGAGAACAAGGUGCUCAACAGUUUGAACUGUUGAGACAGCAGCAGGCUGCUGCUGGCGGGUCGAUGCACUCGCGUCGGCCCGAGACUUUGAAGAUUGACAUCUCAAAGUAUAGGGGGGGUCGAAGAAGACUCCCUCUUGAGAUGGUUCGUCGAAUUGGAUGA